AUGCCCCUGCCCCGGAGGGGAAGGGGACCCCGCCCGGCCGGCUCCCGAGGGGCGAGCACUAGCCUCCCGCUGGCGACGGCCCACUCGCCAAGGCGCGCCGGCCGCAGAGCCCAGUCGUUUAGCUAUGCGCAGCGCCUCACCCGGCGGCGCCAUUCCUCCGAGCAGGUCCCACCAGAGCCCGAGCCGCAGGCUGACUUCCGCUCGGAAAAGUGGCUCCAAGACCGCGCCGGAGGGGACGCCAGGAGCCCGCGGCAGGCUCCGCGUGCCAGGAUGGGCUCCAGGCACAGGAUCUGUGGUCGAGGAGAAGUAGUGAUCCCUUAUGCUUCUGACAAUGAUUCAGGAAGUGUGGAUUUGCAGCUGAGCAACUUAGAGGAUAUUAAAAAAGACCCAAGUAGCCUUGAAGUUACAGACUCGGACAUCUUUGACAUCCCUGGAAUCCCUCAGGAAUCCCUCACAGAUGGCUUCAGACCCCUGACCCACCGGGACACUCUUGGCGAGGCCAUCGUUGAGAGGCUGAUCCCGUCUAUCCAGGAGUUUUUUAAUGGUGAGCUGAAGAGUGAACCUGAGAAGCUGACAUUCCUAAGGUCUUUGUCUUCUCUCAGCCAAACUUUACCUUAUGAUGAAACCACAGAAUCUUUCAUUCGCAGCCACAUAACAGACAUUGUGCAUAUCCUACAUAGGCUGGUGGUGGAGGAGCCCCUGCAUUCUGUCUUCAGUCCUGUGCGCCAGGAGGUCUUUAUCACCAUCGCUGACCUCAGUUACCAAAAUGUCCAUUUGCUGUUUGGCUCUGAAGAUCGAGCUGAGUUGUUCAGUCUUAUCACGAAAAGUAUAAUCACUCUGCCAUCUGUAACGAGUCUGACCCAGCUGCAGGAAAUCACACCCAGUGGGCCCUACAAUUCAGAGUGUCUCUACAGGCAGACGUUUCAGGCAUUCUCUGAGAUGCUCCAGAGUUUGGUGGUUAAAGACCCACAUUUGGAAAAUCUUGAUACCAUUUUUAAGCACAUGGACCCCUGGUUACAGUCAGCCAAAGACCCUGAGCGAGAACGGGCCGCAGCCAGCAUGGCUCAAGUUCUGAAGUGCUUAUCCAGACACCUCAGCUUGAAGCUUCCACUGCGAUUCCAAAGACUUGGACACCUAGUGGCUCUGAUGGCACUACUGUGUGGGGACCCACUGACAGAGGUGGCCGAGGAGGCUGCCGAGGGCACACACUACUUGCUGCAUAUCACGCUGAAGCUGAAGUAUAUCACUCAUGACAAGAAAAAUCACCAAAGCUUGAAAAGAGCCAUGAAAAAAUGUCGAGAACUCCUAGAACUCUAUAGUAUUAAACGGUUCUACAGUUGUCCCUUCAAAAUUGCCCAGGUCUUUGAAGUUUUUCUCGAUUCAGAUGAGCUCUACCAGUUUGUAAUGACCACAUUGGAUGGCUUGAAAAAUGUGAAACAUCCCUGCACCCAGCAGUCAGCGGGAGAAUUGCUGAUAACAUUGGUGAAAAAUGCAGAGUCCCGAUUUGAGAAGGUGCCAGAAAUUAUGGAUGUUAUCUGUGCCAGGCUAUCCAUAAUCAGCCAGCCUACAGUCCGCCACCAAAUCAUAAAUACUGUGAGUUUGUUUAUCUCCAGGCCCAAGUACACAGAUGUAGUGAUCAACCACCUUCUGUGUCAUCCAGUACCAUAUGAUAGGCAUCUGGCUGAGUUGUGGAGAACUCUGGAGGUGGAGCUGCCCAGCACAACCUGGAUUCUGUGGAGGCUCUUGAGGAAGCUGCAGAAGUGCCACAAUGUGCCCACGCAGGAGAAGAUGGCCUAUGUGGCUGUUGCUGCAACAGAUGCCCUUUAUGAGGUGUUUGUGGGAAACAGGCUCCGAGCAGCUACGUUCCGACUCUUUCCUCAGCUUCUCAUGACACUGCUCAUCCAGAUUCACCACAGCAUCGGCCUCACCAUGUCUGAUGUCGCCAUCCCAAGUGGCCUGUACACAGGACAGGAAAUGUCUUCCGAGGUCACCCCUCUGUGCUUCGCCAUACAGGCUACAAAGACUCUUCUCCUCAGAACAUGGUGCUGGCAGGAAUUCCACAUCAUGGAAAAGAAUAAAGGAUGGGCCCUCCUGGAAGGAAAAGAGUGCCAUCUUCAGGGAGUAUCUCUCCUUGCCAAUGCAUUGCUGGAAAGAAAUCACCUCCUUGCACAUAAGGUCAUGUACUUGUUAGUCCCUCUUCUUAACCGAGGGAAUGAUAGACAUAAACUCACAUCUGCAGGCUUUUUUGUGGAGCUUCUCCAGAGUCCAGUGGCUAGGAGACUGCCCAGCAUAUACUCUGUUGCCCGCUUGAGAGACUGGCUACAUCAUGGAAAUAAUCUCUUUAAAAAUCUUGCCCUGAGGGGACUGCACAAUCUUCUCAGACACCAGGAGAUGAGUGAAGACAUCAAGAGCCUGUUGCCGAGCAUCUUAGACCUCUUGUGUGAAACCGACGAGAAGGUUGUUUUGUUGGCCAUCCAGAUACUCCUGCAACUUGUCGGCAUAAUGGAUUUCACCACCCUGACUGACAUGAUGAGGACCUUAUUCUCCUUAUUUGGUGAUGUGAGACCUGAUGUUCACCGCUUCUCCAUGACCCUCUUUGGAGCCUCCAUAAAGUCUGUGAAAUACACAGAUAAGAAGGGUGUAGAGAACCAAGUCCUGGACAGCUUGGUCCCACUACUUUUGUAUUCUCAGGAUGAAAAUGAUGCAGUAGCUGAGGAGAGCAGGCGAGUCCUAACUAUAUGUGCGCAGUUCCUGAAGUGGAGGCUGCCCCACGAAGUGUACUGCAGAGAUCCCUGGUACAUCAGCCCUCGUGAAGUUGGAACAGUCUGCAAAUUCUUUGGAAAAAAAUGCAAGGGGAAAGUUAACAUCCUAGCCCAAACAUUGAUGUUCUUCAAGAAUGCAAAACUUCCUAUCAGAAGAGCAGCAGUCUUGUUUGUAGGGCUCUUAACAAAGUACAUGGAUGACAAUGAGCUCAGGAUGAAGGGUACUGGCUGGAUAGAGGAUGAUCUGAGAGAUCUGCUGCGUGACCCCGAGCCCUCUCUGCGUGUCGUCGCCUCCCAGGCCCUGUUCCGAGUCCAGAAGGUGGGGGCUGAACCAGAUCAUGGGCAGACAGUUUUCGGGUUGAGGAAGCUCAUAGGUUGUCUUCCUACCUAGAGAUGCAAGGCAAACAACAUCAGAUGGGGAAGCUGAGGAACAAAACGUGAAAGUGACUUGCUCAAGAUUACACAACUAGUAAAGGCCAAACUCAAGUAGUCUGGCUCCAAAGUCCACAUCCUUGGCUAGUCUGCUCUGAUUCUCUCCAGUCUACUUUUUCCCUCCAAUGUGAAUAAAUGCAGAUUUACUCUACAAUUAAUCUCAGCUGCUGAACUCAUGCCCCAAACUCAUGUACUGAAACAAAUGUUGUAAACUGUUAUUGAGACUCAACUCAUAAAUACAAAGUUUGAACACUUCUUACCUAAAAGUUAGUAUACCUUAUUUUAUUUUUUAAUAGGAUAGAAUGUACAUCCUCCACUGUAAAGAGCGGAGUUAGAGCAAAAGGUGGUGGUUAUUCUUGAGGAAUAUUUUUUGAGUCCUUGAUCUGAUCUCAUGAACUAUCCCUCCCAGCAGAAAACAGACCUCUAGCUCUAGGAUGCAGUUUAAAUAUCCAGUGACACAUCCAAAGGAUUGAAUGAAUCCUUUCUCUUUACUCAUAUUUACGCUAGAGUCCCUUUCCCUCCUGGCAGAUUUUUAUUUUCUGAAUAAUACCACUAAGAGGGAGUAGCAACACAACAAUGCUUAUUCUAUUUUACUUACACUUUAUUGUGUUAAAGUUCACAGGAAGAAGCAUCCAUUAAGAGACAGAGGACUGCUCUUUUCUGAACUACCUCAGCAGUUUGGGAAGGGUUGAAGUACUUAAUAGUGGUUAUAUUAACAAGUCUAUUUAUUCCAAAUAUCUCCAUUAUUUUUAUACAAGGCUCUCCUCAGAGAUAGGUUUAUGUUUUUAUGGAAUUUUUU